UAAAAAAAAAUUAACUUUCCUAUGUCAUAUUCGAAACCUUCUGAAUGUAUCCGACAAUAUCGACGUAAAACUGUGCUUGUGUAUCACAGACAUGAUAGACGACGCUUAAUAUAGUGUAGUUAUCACACGAACCGGCGCGCAUUCGCUCGUCGCAUCGUGCUUCGAGUUGGACGUAUCGAGAAAACGCGCGCGGCCUUCGACCACACCGACGUCAACGAUAUCGUUGUGCGAAAGAAAGUCGCGAAAAGUGUAACUUCGACGAGGAUCAAUUUCAUCGAGAUUAAAACAGAUAUAAAGCUCCAAGAAAGAUGAUGAGUUCCAAUAAAAAAGUUGUGAUUAUUUUAAUUGUUGGUGUAAUUAUAACAAUUUUUGGUGCACUCACGGGAUCAUUUUGGCCUGCGAUAUAUAAUUGGAUUAUUGUAAAAGUUUUGACAUUAACACCAACAUCUGUGAGUUACAAUAUGUGGGAGGAAACACCUAUCCCAAUGUACUUAAAAUUUUACAUGUUCAAUUGGACUAAUUCAGAAGAUUUUAUUGCUUCAAAUGCAAAACCAAACUUUGUGGAGAUGGGACCUUACGUUUUUCGGGAAAUUGAUUAUAAAGUAAAUCAGAUAUGGAACAAUAAUGGGUCUGUUACAUUUCAAAGGAGGAAAGUAUGGUUCUUUGAUGAAUCAUUGUCUAAUGGCAGUUUGUCUGACAAGAUAACCAACUUGAAUCCAAUAGCUGCGACUGUUGCGUUUUCCGUGAGAUUUAAGUCACAGCUUUUACGCGAAGUGACUGACAAGGUUAUGAUAACUCUAGGAGAACAAAUAGUAAUAACUAAAAGCGUAGGUGCACUAAUAUUCGACGGAUACAACGAUACAUUGCUGCGUAUUGCGAAAAAAUUGAACGCGACUACUUUACCGUAUACUAAGUUUGCAUGGUUUUAUGCAAGGAAUGGCUCGGACAGUUAUGACGGUACAUUUAAUAUGCUCACUGGGUCAUCUAAUCUAUACGAGCUGGGACAGGUCAGGGAAUGGAAUUAUGAUAAUAAAACGAAUUAUUACAAGAAUUCAUGUGGUACAAUUAGAGGAACAAAUGGCGAUUUAUGGCCACCUUUGAUGGAUAAUAAUACCGUGUCUGUAUUUAUCAAUGAUAUUUGCACAUCAUUAGAUUUAGUGUUCGAAAAUACAACAACAUUUCAAGGUGUAACUGGUAGAAAAUACAUUGGGAAUGAUAGAAUGCUAGAUAACGGUAACAUUGUAGCAUCAAGACAGUGUUAUUGUCCUAAUGGAAAUUGCGGACUUAGUGGAACUUUAAAUAUUUCAAGCUGUAAAUUUGGUGCACCAGCAUUUGUUAGUAUGCCACACUUUUAUCUAGCAGAUUCGACUUAUAUAAACGCUGUGACGGGAAUGAAACCUAAUCGACAGAAACACGAACUUUCAAUGGUUAUCGAACCAACUACAGGUAUUCCAUUGCAAGUUAAGGCGCAAUUGCAAUUAAAUUUGCUAUUAGAACCAGUGGAGUAUAUGAGUAUGUUCCAAAAUCUAACAAGAACUUACAUUCCGAUGCUGUGGUUCACUCAAGAGGCUAAUUUAACUGCCAGUUAUGCGAGUAUGGUUAAGGUGGUUCUAAUUCUUCCUACAUUGGGCAUUGUAACAUGCUUUGGAAUAGCAGGCAUCGGAAUUUUGAUAUUUUUUAUUGGAAUUUUUAUUUUUAUCCGAGCGAAAUGGCGAUAUGAAGAAAGCCAGGUAUUGUUAUCCAAACAGGAAGACGAUGUUGCAGAUAGAGCCGGCGCGUGUUGCAGCGAUUUCAAACGCGAAUUGUCCGCUGUGUACGGUUCGAUAUUCGCUUGUCGCGUCACCGAAGCCAAAUAUUCGAGUAAUUUACACGCUUCAUAUAAAGCGUUAAGUACAUCAUGUCAAAUCAAAUAUACAAGGCGCAUAUAUAUGUGUGUAUAGUAUACCAGGUAUGUCGGUAAUUACUUUCCGGUUUUUGUAACAGAUGUCACUAGCCAUAAGUAUGCAAUGUUAUGAUUUGAUACAUAUGUCAUUUUAUUCUACUGACAUUAACCUCAAAACUACACAAGUUACGUUCCGCCAA